UUCAAGUUGUGUUUGGAGCUGACGUGAGCGAGGUUGGUCAUGUGCUCGGGUGCCAGUGACGGGGUGGCCCGUGAGCUGAUGACGAGGACUGGCUUUUAAUCCUUGGUGGCGAUUAAGAGAAAGCUUAUCGGGGCCUGGGAGCCACCCCGACCCCCACCACCAUGUCGGGAUCCACACAGCCUGUGGCACAGACGUGGAGGGCCACUGAACCCCGCUACCCGCCCCACAGCCUUUCCUACCCAGUGCAGAUCGCCCGGACGCACACGGACGUCGGGCUCCUGGAGUACCAGCACCACUCCCGCGACUAUGCCUCCCACCUGUCGCCUGGCUCCAUCAUCCAGCCGCAGCGGCGGAGGCCCUCCCUGCUGUCCGAGUUCCAGCCCGGGAAUGAACGGUCCCAGGAGCUCCACCUGCGGCCAGAGUCCCAUUCGUACCUGCCCGAGCUGGGGAAGUCAGAGAUGGAGUUCAUUGAAAGCAAGCGCCCUCGGCUAGAGCUGCUGCCCGACCCCCUGCUGCGACCGUCACCCCUGCUGGCCGCUGGCCAGCCUGCGGGAUCUGAAGACCUCACCAAGGACCGUAGCCUGACGGGCAAGCUGGAACCAGUGUCUCCCCCCAGCCCCCCGCACACCGACCCUGAGCUGGAGCUGGUGCCUCCGAGGCUGUCCAAGGAGGAGCUGAUCCAGAACAUGGACCGCGUGGACCGAGAGAUCACCAUGGUGGAGCAGCAGAUCUCUAAACUGAAGAAGAAGCAGCAACAGCUGGAGGAGGAGGCUGCCAAGCCGCCCGAGCCUGAGAAGCCCGUGUCACCGCCGCCCAUCGAGUCGAAGCACCGCAGCCUGGUGCAGAUCAUCUACGACGAGAACCGGAAGAAGGCCGAAGCUGCACAUCGGAUUCUGGAAGGCCUGGGACCCCAGGUGGAGCUGCCAUUGUACAACCAGCCCUCCGACACCCGGCAGUAUCAUGAGAACAUCAAAAUAAACCAGGCGAUGCGGAAGAAGCUAAUCUUGUACUUCAAGAGGAGGAAUCACGCUCGGAAACAAUGGGAGCAGAAGUUCUGCCAGCGCUAUGACCAGCUCAUGGAGGCCUGGGAGAAGAAGGUGGAGCGCAUCGAGAACAACCCCCGGCGGCGGGCCAAGGAGAGCAAGGUGCGCGAGUACUACGAGAAGCAGUUCCCCGAGAUUCGCAAGCAGCGCGAGCUGCAGGAACGCAUGCAGAGCAGGGUGGGCCAGCGGGGCAGUGGGCUGUCCAUGUCAGCCGCCCGCAGCGAGCACGAGGUGUCGGAGAUCAUCGACGGCCUCUCAGAGCAGGAGAACCUGGAGAAGCAGAUGCGCCAGCUGGCCGUGAUCCCGCCCAUGCUGUACGACGCCGACCAGCAGCGCAUCAAGUUCAUCAACAUGAACGGGCUCAUGGCCGACCCCAUGAAGGUGUACAAAGACCGCCAGGUCAUGAACAUGUGGAGCGAGCAGGAGAAGGAGACCUUCCGGGAGAAGUUCAUGCAGCAUCCCAAGAACUUUGGCCUGAUCGCAUCAUUCCUGGAGAGGAAGACGGUGGCUGAGUGCGUCCUCUAUUACUACCUGACCAAGAAGAAUGAGAACUAUAAGAGUCUGGUGAGACGGAGCUAUCGGCGCCGCGGCAAGAGCCAACAAAAUCAACGGCAGCCUCAGCAGCAGCAACAGCAGCAGCAGCAGCAGCCCAUGCCCCGCAGCAGCCAGGAGGAGAAAGAUGAGAAGGAGAAGGAAAAGGAGGCGGAGAAGGAGGAGGAGAAGCCGGAGGUGGAGAACGACAAGGAAGACCUCCUCAAGGAGAAGACAGACGACACCUCAGGGGAGGACAACGACGAGAAGGAGGCCGUGGCCUCCAAAGGCCGCAAAACUGCCAACAGCCAGGGGAGACGCAAAGGCCGCAUCACCCGCUCAAUGGCUAAUGAGGCCAACAGUGAGGAGGCCAUCACCCCCCAGCAGAGUGCCGAGCUAGCCUCCAUGGAGCUGAAUGAGAGUUCUCGCUGGACGGAAGAAGAAAUGGAAACAGCCAAGAAAGGUCUCCUGGAACACGGCCGCAACUGGUCGGCCAUCGCCCGGAUGGUGGGCUCCAAGACCGUGUCACAGUGUAAGAACUUCUACUUCAACUACAAGAAGAGGCAGAACCUCGAUGAGAUCUUGCAGCAGCACAAGCUGAAGAUGGAGAAGGAGAGGAACGCGCGGAGGAAGAAGAAGAAAGCCCCGGCGGCGGCCAGCGAGGAGACCGCGUUCCCGCCCGUGGUGGAGGAUGAGGAGAUGGAGGCGUCGGGCGUGAGCGGAAACGAGGAGGAGAUGGUGGAGGAGGCCGAAGCCUUACAUGCCUCUGGGAAUGAGGUGCCCAGAGGGGAAUGCAGUGGCCCAGCCACUGUCAACAACAGCUCAGACACCGAGAGCAUCCCCUCCCCUCGCACUGAGGCCGCCAAGGACACAGGGCAGAAUGGGCCCCAGCCCCCAGCCACCCUGAGCACCGAUGGGCCACCCCCGGAGCCACCCACCCCGCCGCCGGAGGACAUCCCGGCCCCCACUGAGCCCACCCCCGCCUCUGAAGCCACCGGACCCCCUACGCCCCCACCAGCACCCCCAUCGCCUUCUGUACCCCCUCCUGUGGUCCCCAAGGAGGAGAAGGAGGAGGAGGCCGCAGCGGUGCCCCCAGUGGAGGAGGGGGAGGAGCAGAAGCCCCCCGCGGCUGAGGAGCUGGCAGUGGACACAGGGAAGGCCGAGGAGCCCAUCAAGAGCGAGUGCACGGAGCAAGCCGAGGAGGGGCCGGCCAAGGGCAAGGAUGUGGAGGCCUCUGAGGCCACGGCUGAGGGAGCACUCAAGGCAGAGAAGAAGGAGGGCGGGAGCGGCAGGGCCACCACAGCCAAGGGCUCGGGCGCCCCCCAGGACAGCGACUCCAGUGCCACCUGCAGUGCAGAUGAGGUGGAUGAGCCUGAGGGCGGCGACAAGAACCGGCUGCUGUCCCCAAGGCCCAGCCUCCUCACCCCGACUGGCGACCCCCGGGCCAACGCCUCGCCCCAGAAGCCACUGGACCUGAAGCAGCUGAAGCAGCGAGCGGCUGCCAUCCCCCCCAUCCAGGUCACCAAAGUCCAUGAACCCCCCCGGGAGGACGCAGCUCCCACUAAGCCAGCUCCCCCCGCCCCACCACCGCCACAGCACCUGCAGCCGGAGAGCGACGCCCCUCAGCAGCCUGGCAGCAGCCCCCGGGGCAAAAGCAGGAGCCCGGCGCCCGCCGCCGACAAGGAGGCCUUCGCAGCCGAGGCCCAGAAGCUGCCUGGGGACCCCCCUUGCUGGACUUCCGGCCUGCCCUUCCCUGUGCCCCCCCGUGAGGUGAUCAAGGCCUCCCCGCAUGCCCCGGACCCCUCAGCCUUCUCCUACGCUCCACCUGGUCACCCGCUGCCCCUGGGCCUCCAUGACACUGCCCGGCCCGUCCUGCCGCGCCCACCUACCAUCUCCAACCCGCCUCCCCUCAUCUCCUCUGCCAAGCACCCCAGUGUCCUCGAGAGGCAAAUAGGUGCCAUCUCCCAGGGAAUGUCGGUCCAGCUCCACGUCCCGUACUCAGAGCAUGCCAAGGCCCCGGUGGGCCCCGUCACCAUGGGGCUGCCCCUGCCCAUGGACCCCAAAAAGCUGGCACCCUUCAGCGGAGUGAAGCAGGAGCAGCUGUCCCCACGGGGCCAGGCUGGGCCACCGGAGAGCCUGGGGGUGCCCACAGCCCAGGAGGCGUCCGUGCUGAGAGGGACAGCUCUGGGCUCAGUUCCGGGCGGAAGCAUCACCAAAGGCAUUCCCAGCACACGGGUGCCCUCGGACAGCGCCAUCACAUACCGCGGCUCCAUCACCCACGGCACACCAGCUGAUGUCCUGUACAAGGGCACCAUCACCAGGAUCAUCGGCGAGGACAGCCCGAGUCGCCUGGACCGCAGCCGGGAGGACAGCCUACCCAAGGGCCACGUCAUCUACGAAGGCAAGAAGGGCCACGUCUUGUCCUAUGAGGGUGGCAUGUCUGUGACCCAGUGCUCUAAGGAGGAUGGCAGAAGCAGCUCAGGACCCCCCCACGAGACGGCUGCCCCCAAGCGCACCUACGACAUGAUGGAAGGCCGUGUGGGCAGAGCCAUCUCCUCGGCCAGCAUCGAAGGUCUCAUGGGCCGUGCCAUCCCACCUGAGCGACACAGCCCCCACCACCUCAAAGAGCAGCACCACAUCCGCGGGUCAAUCACACAAGGGAUCCCUCGGUCCUACGUGGAAGCACAGGAGGACUACCUGCGUCGGGAGGCCAAGCUCCUAAAGCGGGAGGGCACGCCUCCACCCCCACCGCCCCCGCGGGACCUGACCGAGGCCUACAAGACGCAGGCCCUGGGCCCCCUGAAGCUGAAGCCGGCCCAUGAGGGUCUGGUGGCCACGGUGAAGGAGGCGGGCCGCUCCAUCCAUGAGAUCCCGCGCGAGGAGCUGCGGCACACGCCCGAGCUGCCCCUGGCCCCGCGGCCACUCAAGGAGGGCUCCAUCACGCAGGGCACCCCGCUCAAGUACGACACCGGCACGUCCACCACUGGCUCCAAAAAGCACGACGUACGCUCCCUCAUCGGCAGCCCUGGCCGGACGUUCCCACCUGUGCACCCGCUGGACGUGAUGGCUGACGCCCGGGCACUGGAACGCGCCUGCUACGAGGAGAGCCUGAAGAGCCGGCCGGGGACCGCCGGCAGCUCGGGGGGCUCCAUUGCGCGUGGUGCCCCAGUCAUUGUGCCUGAGCUGGGCAAGCCGCGGCAGAGCCCCCUGACCUAUGAGGACCAUGGGGCACCCUUCGCUGGCCACCUUCCGCGAGGCUCGCCUGUGACCACGCGAGAGCCCACGCCGCGCCUGCAGGAGGGCAGCCUCUCGUCCAGCAAGGCAUCCCAGGACCGAAAGCUGACGUCGACGCCUCGUGAGAUCGCCAAGUCCCCGCACAGCACUGUGCCCGAGCACCACCCACACCCCAUCUCGCCCUAUGAGCACCUACUUCGGGGCGUGAGUGGCGUGGACCUGUAUCGCAGCCACAUCCCCCUUGCCUUCGACCCCACCUCCAUACCCCGCGGCAUCCCUCUGGACGCAGCUGCUGCCUACUACUUGCCCCGGCACCUGGCCCCCAACCCCACCUACCCGCACCUGUACCCACCCUACCUCAUCCGCGGCUACCCCGACACGGCAGCGCUGGAGAACCGGCAGACCAUCAUCAAUGACUACAUCACCUCACAGCAGAUGCACCACAACGCAGCCACCGCCAUGGCCCAGCGAGCCGACAUGCUGAGGGGCCUCUCGCCCCGCGAGUCCUCACUGGCACUCAACUACGCUGCCGGCCCCCGAGGCAUCAUCGACUUGUCCCAAGUGCCACACCUGCCCGUGCUGGUGCCCCCAACGCCAGGCACCCCAGCCACCGCCAUGGACCGCCUUGCCUACCUCCCCACCGCACCCCAGCCCUUCAGCAGCCGCCACAGCAGCUCCCCACUCUCCCCAGGAGGCCCCACGCACUUGACAAAACCAACCACCACGUCCUUGUCCGAGCGGGAGCGAGACCGGGAUCGGGAGCGUGACCGGGAUCGGGAGCGGGAAAAGUCCAUCCUCACAUCCUCCACGACGGUGGAGCAUGCGCCCAUCUGGAGGCCCGGUAGGGCAUCAGAGCCCCCCACCGCCCCCGCCCCGGGACUCCCUAGGUCCACCUCCACCUCCUCACCCGUUCGCCCGGCUGCCACAUUCCCACCUGCCACCCACUGCCCACUGGGCGGCACCCUCGAUGGGGUCUACCCUACCCUCAUGGAGCCCGUCUUGCUGCCCAAGGAGUCUCCCCGGGUCGCCCGGCCAGAGCGGCCCCGAGCAGACACCGGCCAUGCCCCGGCGCCGCCCGCCUCGGCCUCGGACCCGCACCGGGAAAAGACUCAAAGUAAACCCUUUUCCAUCCAGGAACUGGAACUCCGUUCUCUGGGUUACCACGGCAGCAGCUACAGCCCUGAAGGGGUGGAGCCCGUCAGCCCUGUGAGCUCACCCAGCCUGACACACGACAAGGGGCUCCCCAAGCACCUGGAAGAGCUGGACAAGAGCCACCUGGAGGGAGAGCUGCGGCCCAAGCAGCCAGGCCCCGUGAAGCUCGGCGGGGAGGCCGCCCACCUCCCACACCUGCGGCCGCUGCCCGAGAACCAGCCCGCGUCCAGCCCGCUGCUCCAGACUGCCCCGGGGGUCAAAGGUCACCAGCGGGUGGUCACUCUGGCCCAGCACAUCAGUGAGGUCAUCACACAGGACUACACCCGGCACCACCCACAGCAGCUCAGCGCACCCCUGCCCGCCCCCCUGUACUCCUUCCCUGGGGCCAGCUGCCCCGUCCUGGACCUCCGCCGCCCACCCAGUGACCUCUACCUCCCGCCCCCGGACCAUGGUGCCCCGGCCCGUGGCUCCCCCAACAGCGAAGGGGGCAAGAGGUCUCCAGAGCCAAGCAAGACGUCGGUCUUGGGUGGUGGUGAGGACGGUAUUGAACCUGUGUCCCCACCGGAGGGCAUGACGGAGCCAGGGCACUCCCGGAGUGCUGUGUACCCGCUGCUGUACCGGGAUGGGGAGCAGACAGAGCCCAGCAGGAUGGGCUCCAAGUCUCCAGGCAACACCAGCCAGCCGCCAGCCUUCUUCAGCAAGCUGACCGAGAGCAACUCUGCCAUGGUCAAGUCCAAGAAGCAAGAGAUCAACAAGAAGCUGAACACCCACAACCGGAAUGAGCCUGAAUACAAUAUCGGCCAGCCUGGGACGGAGAUCUUCAAUAUGCCCGCCAUCACCGGAACAGGCCUUAUGACCUAUAGAAGCCAGGCGGUGCAGGAACAUGCCAGCACCAACAUGGGGCUGGAGGCCAUAAUUAGAAAGGCACUCAUGGGUAAAUAUGACCAGUGGGAAGAGUCCCCGCCGCUCAGCGCCAAUGCUUUUAACCCUCUGAAUGCCAGUGCCAGCCUGCCCGCUGCUAUGCCCAUAACCGCUGCUGACGGACGGAGUGACCACACACUCACCUCGCCAGGCGGCGGCGGGAAGGCCAAGGUCUCUGGCAGACCCAGCAGCCGAAAAGCCAAGUCCCCGGCCCCGGGCCUGGCGUCUGGGGACCGGCCACCCUCCGUCUCCUCAGUGCACUCAGAGGGAGACUGCAACCGCCGGACGCCGCUCACCAACCGUGUGUGGGAGGACCGGCCCUCGUCAGCAGGUUCCACGCCAUUCCCCUACAAUCCCCUGAUCAUGCGGCUGCAGGCGGGUGUCAUGGCUUCCCCACCCCCACCGGGCCUCCCCGCGGGCAGUGGGCCCCUCGCUGGCCCCCACCACGCCUGGGACGAGGAGCCCAAGCCACUGCUCUGCUCGCAGUACGAGACACUGUCCGACAGCGAGUGACUCAGAACGGGGGAGGGGGGCGGUGUCGGGUCCCAGCGAGCCACAGGAACAGCCCGGCAGGAGCAGGGUGGGUGCCGACUCCCCGCAACGAGGAAGGAGCCCCUGAGUACGCCUGCGCCUCCAUCCAUCCGUCCGUCCAGAGCCGGCAUCCUUGCCUGCCUAAAGCCUUAACUAAGACUCCCGCCCCGGGCUGGCCCUGUGCAGACCUUACUCAGGGGAUGUUUACCUGGUGCUCGGGAAGGGAGGGGAAGGGGCCGGGGAGGGGGCACGGCAGGCGUGUGGCAGCCACACGCAGGCGGCCGGGGCGGCCAGGGACCCAAAGCAGGACGACCACGCACCUCCACGCCACUGCCUCCCCCAAAUGCAUUUGGAACCAAAGUCUAAACUGAGCUCGCAGCCCCCGCGCCCUCCCUCCGCCUCCCAUCCCGCUUAGCGCUCUGGACAGACGGACGCAGGCCCUGUCCAGCCCCCAGUGCGCUCGUUCUGGUCCCCACAGGCUGCCCCAGCCAACGAGAUUGCUGGAAACCAAGUCAGGCCAGGUGGGCGGACAAAAGGGCCAGGUGCGGCCUGGGGCGAACGGAUGCUCCGAGGACUGGACUGUUGUUUUCACACAUCGUUGCCGCAGCGGUGGGAAGGAAAGGCAGAUGUAAAUGAUGUAUUGGUUUACAGGGUAUAUUUUUGAUACCUUCAAUGAAUUAAUUCAGAUGUUUUACGCAAGGAAGGACUUACCCAGUAUUACUGCUGCUGUGCUUUUGAUCUCUGCUUACCGUUCAAGAGGCGUGUGCAGGCCGACAGUCGGUGACCCCAUCACUCGCAGGACCAAGGGGGCGGGGACUGCUGGCUCACGCCCCGCUGUGUCCUCCCUCCCUCCCUUCCUUGGGCAGAAUGAAUUCAAUGCGUAUUCUGUGGCCGCCAUCUGCACAGGGUGGUGGUAUUCUGUCAUUUACACACGUCGUUCUAAUUAAAAAGCGAAUUAUACUCCA